UAAGUCGCUCUGCCGCGCGACAACACAGAGGGACGGAGCGCUUUUUUGCUCGCAGACGGGAGCCGAGCUACUGCGAAACGCGUUAAAUGACGGCGGUGGCGCGCGCGCGCGCUCCCUCCCUCGGACCUCGGAGACUUUGACAGCACGACUUGCAUCCUGCUCUGCACCGAAACCGUGACUUUUCCAUGAGCUUCGGGAGCUUCCAUCGCUGCAAAACAUGGAUAUUCAGAGUUUUGAUUGACUUCAAUAUGGAAUUACGUUUGAUUUUGUAAAACUUUUUUUCUGACGUUUUUUAUUCAGUUCUACUUGCCCUUUUUCGGAUGUCAUUAUUAAUAGUUUAGUAUUUCCAUGGGCCUCUCAACGUCUCGUUAAUAGAGUGAUGUUCUGGAUAAUUAUUGCUUAAUUAUGCUUUGAAAGAAAGACAGAAUUUCUGUUGUUUUGUUAAAAAGCAAACUAAGGGAUCAGGGCAAAGCCUAUGUCCCACAGCUGGGUUUUCUUUCUUCUGCAGUGGGGUUCCUUUUGACGGAACUUUAUGAUGAAGAGGAUGCUGUUUCUGGAUCUGUUUUUUAUAGUGCUGUCUUGGGCAGCCAGUGUGUCUGCCUUCGGUCCUGUCAACCGGACGUCAAAUGCGGGACGGCUGUUGAUCCGCCGCCCCACGCUUAGCACGGAUCUGAAAAGUGCUGGUGGCUAUAGUGAUGCUCGCCCUGCAUCUGCUUCCUCUGCUUCACAGAAUGGUGGGAAACGCAGGGUGAUGCAGAGGGACCAGAGUUUUGGCCCCAGAAGUGGGCAGCCUGGAAGGAGGCCAACUCGGCGGAGGAACCCAACAGGUUUCGUCAUGGUUCAGGACGAUAGCAUGUUGGGAUCCCGAGUCCGGCAGGCACGUGUGCCGAGUGGGGCCGGUUCCCCCAACCUCCUUGCCAGCUUUGCUGGGAAGAACCGCGUGCUUGUAAUAUCGGCCCCCCAUGACUCGGAUGGCUACUACCGGCUGAUGAUGAGUCUCCUGAAGCCAGAUGUGUACUGCGAGCUGGCAGAACGCCAUGUGCAGCAAAUCAUUAUAUUCCACCAAGAAGGAGAAAUGGGUGGAAAGGUGCGGCGCAUCACAAACGAGGGCAAGAUCCUGGAGGAGCCCCUGGACACGACGCUCGUUCCUCGGCUGAUGAACUUCCUCAAGCUGGAGAAGGGCAAGUUCGGCAUGGUGUUGCUGCGGAAAACGCUACAGGUGGAGGAGCGGUACCCCUACCCAGUGCGACUGGAGGCUAUGUACGAAACGAUCGACCAGGCACCCAUGCGGAAGUUUGAGAAGGUGCGGCAAAAGGGCUUUGUGCAGAAGUGUAAGGGUGCUGGUGUGGAGGGUCAGGUGGUAGAGGGUGGUGGGACUGCAACCUCAGCCUUAGAUUCAGAGACCCAGGUGGAUACACCCAGGGACAGGAAGCCACAGAAGAAAGAACGGAAGCCAUUCCAGAAGCCUGCCCCAACAGCCUCAUCCCCAGCUACCACAACAGCUAAGUCAACCACCACCCGGCCCACAACCACACGGUCAACCACCACCGUACGUGUCACAACAGCAAUCACCACAACACGUGCCACAACGACAACCACCACCACCACAGCACCCCUUACAAAUCAGAAGCCCACCAAAGCCCAGGUAACACCCUACUGGAUCCCUGCUCCUAAAACCACAGUGGAACCCCAGUAUGGCCCUCCAACACGGGAGCACCGGAGAGGUAAGAACAAUCCUAAAGUGACGCCACACCCCACAACGCUGACAGAUUACUACACCAAGGGCUCUUUGGGACGAUAUGAUGACAACCCCACAGACAAGAGCAACAGCGAUCGCAAACACAGCAAUGUGGCACCUGUGGGGCACAAGCCCACCAAGCCCAGACUGGGGAGGAAGAAGAACCAUGGACAGAAGGUGCUGAGCAACGAGUAUGAUGAGAAGUUUGACACCAGGAAGCCUGCCACUAAUGAUUUAGGUCAAUCAGAGGUGGAGGACCUUCCCAUGAAAAAGGGAAAAGGCCGGCAUGACAAGAUGGAAAAGAAGAAGAAGUCAGACAGGUCAGGGCGGAGGGACAAAGGAGAAAAGAGGAGCAGGUUAGGCAAAGAUGGGAAGGGAGAACAUCGUCUUAAGAAAAAGAAGACUUCCAAAACCCAAGACAAAGAAGACUUCCAGAAGCCUUUGAAGAAGCCAGUGUCUCCCAAAGGAUCUCUCUCCUCCUUCUUGGAUUACUUUGAAAGCAGGCGGCGACUACUUCUGAUAACCACUCCAGAUGAGGACCAUAAGAUGUACACCCAGCAGAGGGACGAAUACCUGGAACACGUUUGUGACAUGGCCGUUCGGAAGGUCUCCAUCAUCACUAUCUUCGGCACUCUGACCAACAAUACCAUGAAGAUCGAGCAUUACCAGUUAGAGCAUGACAAGCCCAUGAAAGUCCUCAAAGAAGAAGACCUUGUGAACCAAGAGCUGAUCAUUGAACUGCGCAAGCAAUUUGGCAUGACGCAUGAUGACUUCUUCAUGGUUCUCACUGACGUUGACAUGAAAGUGAAGCAAUUUUACGAGGUGCCCAUAGCCAUGAAAGCCGUGUUUGACUACAUCGACACAUUCGCCUCCCGCAUUAAAGAGAUGGAGCAGCAGAAGAGAGAAGGGGUGAUGUGCAAAAAGGAGGACAAGCCAAGGUCUUUGGAGAACUUCCUCUCAAGGUUUCGCUGGAGACGACGGUUGUUCAUCAUCUCCUCUCCCAACGAUGAGGAAUGGGCUUAUCAGCAGCAGCUGUACGCCCUCACCAGGCAGGCCUGCAACCUCGGCCUUCGUCACGUGUCCAUACUGAAACUGGUGGGUGUUGACGCCGCAGACAUGGGUGGAGUUUUGGAGCUGUACCCUAUCAAUGGAAGUGCAACGGUGGAACGUGAAGGCCUCUCCGCCACACUGGUAAAAGACAUCAGGAACUACUUCCAGAUCAGCCCUGAGUACUUCUCCAUGCUGUUGGUGGGGAAGGAUGGCAAUGUAAAGUCCUGGUACCCCUCACCCAUGUGGUCCAUGGCCAAUAUCUAUGACCUAAUUGACUCCAUGCAGCUGCGCCGCCAGGAGAUGGCUAUCCAGCAGUCCCUGGGCUUGCGUUGUCCAGAGGAUGAGUAUGGUGGCUAUGGCUACCAUCACCACGGCUACCAUGAGGGUUACCAGGAGGGCUAUGGUCAAGGAUAUGGUUACUAAUCAUGGUGCUAUGACCGCUGAGCCCGGUGCUUUGUGACUAUUUUCAGCGAAGAUAUGUACAGGGAUGAAGGACCUCCCCAUAAUCAUUUCAUAGCAACCAACCAGUUCCCCAGCAGUCAGUUAUUGCAAUAGGUCAUUAAAAUGUCAUACUCAAAACGCCAAAGAGAAGAGUAUUUUGUCACAUAUGG